AUGUUUAACCCCAAGGUACCGGAGUCACCGGACAUAUGAAAAGUCAUGUGAGAAACUGCACUUUACACUAUACUGAACUGAAGAAAGACAACGUUCACAUCCGACAACGGGGGAGAUGGACAUGAAACAUCUAACUUGUUAAUUUAAUUUAAGACGGUUUGUUGUAUAAGGAGAUAUACUGAGAACAAACUACACAAGUGGUGGGAAUGGGAAGAAUUCUGGGGUCUCUGCUGCCAGCGGCUCUGCUGAUUGGCUCAGCCCUCUGUAUGGGCGUGGUCAGUCUAACCCUAAGCCACACCUCUAGGGUCAGAGUUCACAAAGGGAGGAGCCUCACAUUGACCUGCAUGAACACAACACAUGCAGGAGUGGUCCAGUACUGGCACACCCCUUUCGGUCGGGUCCAGAACAGCAGUCUUCAUGCCAACCAGAAGGAUGUGGUUGCUAUGCAACGAGAUGGUAGCCUGCGGAUCCACAUUGCUUCUCCUCACCACAGCGGGCUGUACUACUGCCUCCUACUGGCCGGAGGACAAACUACACUCACACCCUACCUGCUGACUGCCAGCAGUCCACAGGACCAUGCGGUCGAACACAGGCGGGCAGUCAGGAGUAUUCUGGGUGGUCAUAGAGAGGAGAGGGAUGUUGCCGUGGUUUCUGACGGUGUGUUUGCGGCAGCGGUGACGGCAUCAGUAGUGGUGACGUUCCUGGUGGGGUUCAGCUCUGGAGCUUUGAGCAGGACACUACUGGACAGGUGUGUGAAUUGGGUGCGUUCGCUAGGACAGGAACGUCGUAACCAUGGUGAAACAGUCAGCGUGGCAUUCCGGAAGGAUGUGGAACAAGAGGAUGAGGAUUACUCAGCCUCGACGACAAGCGUUACCAUGGAGAAUGUAAGCCCAUCUCCACCAGCCAAACCUCAGAGAAGCUUCAGGGGCAAACUUCAUGAAGAGCCUGCUUACCUGGAGGGCUGCCACCAGGGGAGAGGAGAGGAAGGGAGGGAGAGGGGAGGAGAAGAGGGGAGGGAGGUGGGAGACAGCACAGAUGGAAAAGAGAAGAGCAGGAGAGAGGGGGAGGAAGAAAGGAGUGACAGUGAGGAAGGGAGAGAGGGAAAGGAGGGGAGGAAUGAAAGUGACAGGGAGGAAGGAAGAAGAGAGAGUGAGGAAGGGAGAGAGGGAAAGGAGGGGAGGACAGAGUUUAAGGAGAGGACAGAGAGUGAGGGAGAGGUUGAAGAGGGAGGAUUUAGAGGUGAUAGUAGCAGUGAUUCAGAAGAAGGGUCUGUUGGGGUGAGAGAGGGGGGAGUGGAGAGGCAGGGGGAGGGAACAGCGGGAGAAGAGAGGUGUUCUCCUCCCCGGCCCGCCAGACGGAGCCGUGUGAUUCGUCUGUACCAGUACGAUGAGGAGGGGCAUCGCUAUAGUCACCUGCCAAACCCCGCCCCCAUGGAACAUACUUCCCCCGCCCCCCGGGCCAAGCAGCGCUCGCUGUCCCUCACCAGGCUCAACACCAUCAUGGCUGCUGCCACCGCCAGCCCCCUGGACCCACAGAACCCCCCGGGCCGAGACUCAGACCCCCAGGACUCAGACCCUGACCAUGAGGAGAGGGACACAGCCAGUCCAGCCAGCCCAUCCCAGGGCCAGGAGAGACCAGUCUUUCAACUGGAGAUAUGACAUACAAGAUCUAGGCCUGUAUUCAUAAAGUGUCUCAGAGUAGAGCUGCUGAUAAAUGAUCUGGUCCUAGCCUGUCCAUAUAAUCUUAAUCAUUCUGAUUUAAAAGGCGAAACUGGUUCAAGAUCAGCCCUCCUAAUCUUGAUAGAUGCAGCCCGAGCAGAAAGAUCAGGGUCAUGUUUGAAACAGAAAACAAAAAUGUGUGUUUCCUACUGGACAACUUUAACAGUUAGUGCCUUGCCAUUUCACUCCAUUGUGAAACAUUUUCUCAAUCACAAAUUCUCACACACAAAUUCCCAGACACAUUUAAGAGUUUGACUUGUCAUCACAUCCAGCAGAUUCCAUUAUUGUUUUGUAAAAGGAAUUGGAAAUAAAACAUUACAAGUAAAUGUUAACUUUGGAUGAUUGUGUUGCUGACCUGCUGCACCCUCUUUAACCACUGUGAUUAUUAUUAUUAUUUGACCCUGCUGUUCAUCUAUGAACGUUUGAACAUCUUGGCCAUGUACUGUUAUAAUAUCCUGCCUUUCCAGGGAGUUUUUCCUAGCCACCUCGAUCCUACAUCUGCAUUGCUUGCUGUUUGGGGUUUUAGGCUGGGUUUCUGUAUAGCACUUUGUGACAUCGGCUGAUGUAAAAAGGGCUUUAUAAAUACAUUUGAUUGAUUGUUAAUUUAAAGUUAGUCCCUGUGUAUUUGGUUCUAACCUUGUCCCCAGGUUAUGAUUGCACAUAGCACUAAUACGCCUGGAAUAACAACUAUAGUCUGGCCUAUGUUGGAGUGAACAGAAAUAUUAAAUUAUUUGACCGAAUCACACGACUGCAAGACAGGGGUACACAAAUUAGAGGUACACAAUACAGGAGGAAGUGUUUGGAGGGAGGCGAUUGAUUAAAUAUAAAGCUGAUGGCUAAUGGUU